CGCGGCUCAUGCCCGCCCCGGAGCCCGGCGAUCGGCGCGACCAGUCAAAUCCCUGCUGGAAUCCUGAUGAGUUUCUGACCCUGGCGAUGCUGUUGGAGUGUCGGACACGAAGCGUUCCCCGUGGGGCCUCGUGGAUUUCAGAGGGAAAACGGGAACAGGAACAGCAAUAAUUUCAUAUUUCUGAACUUGGAAUCCUUGAAAUUCAAAGUGGGAAAGGAAAUAAUGCAGUUUUAAGGAAAAAGGUCCUGCUAGCGAGUCAUGAUGGUUGAAUCUGCCUCGGAGACGAUCCGCUCCACGCCCAGCUCGGCGCAGAACGGGGUGAGCAGCCUGAGCAAUCAGCCCGAUGGCGGCGGCGGCAGCGGGGGCGGCCCCGGGGGCGGCGGCCGCGACGGAGCCGCCGGAGCCGAGGCCAACGGAGAGAUGAGCCCCGUGGAGCUCCUGCACUUCCAGCAGCAGCAGGCUCUGCAGGUGGCUCGGCAGUUCCUGCUGCAGCAGGCCACGGGGCUCAGCUCCCCCAGCAGCAAUGAGGGCAAGCAGCCAGCGGUGCAGGUCCCCGUGUCCGUGGCCAUGAUGUCCCCGCAGAUGAUCACGCCACAGCAGAUGCAGCAGAUCCUGUCCCCACCCCAGCUCCAGGCCCUCCUGCAGCAGCAGCAGGCAAUAAUGCUGCAACAGCUGCAGGAAUACUACAAGAAGCAGCAGGAGCAGCUUCACCUGCAGCUGUUGACCCAGCAGCAAGCCGGAAAGCAGCAACCCAAAGAGCAGCCGUUGGGGAACAAGCAGCUGGCCUUCCAGCAGCAGCUCCUGCAGAUGCAGCAGCUCCAGCAGCAGCACCUGUUAAACCUGCAGCGCCAGGGCCUGGUGAGCCUCCCGCCGGGGCAGGGCACGGUGCCCCUGCAGACCCUGCCCCAAGCUGUUUGCCCCUCAGACCUCCAGCAGCUCUGGAAGGAGGUCACGGCCACCCAGCCCGUGGAGGACAGCAUUAAGCAGGAAGGUCUUGACCUCACCACCAACACCUCCAACUCUACCUCGUUUUCGGCCGCCAAGGUCUCGCCUCCCAUUUCCCACCACCCUCUGCCCAAUGGACAGAGCACCAUGCACACGCCGAGAAGGGACAGCUCUUCCCACGAAGAGACCCCCGGCUCCCACCCGCUCUACGGCCACGGAGAGUGCAAGUGGCCUGGCUGCGAAACCCUCUGUGAGGACUUGGGGCAGUUUGUCAAACACCUCAACACAGAACAUGCACUUGAUGACCGAAGCACGGCCCAGUGUCGAGUCCAGAUGCAAGUGGUACAGCAGCUGGAGAUACAGCUGGCCAAGGAGAGCGAGCGUCUCCAAGCAAUGAUGGCCCAUCUUCACAUGAGACCUUCAGAGCCAAAGCCUUUCAGCCAGCCUGUAAGCCUGAACCUGGUCUCCAGUGCCACCCUCUCCAAGAGCACUUCUGACACGUUUCCUGACGGUUUACCUCAUCCCCCCACCUCGGCCACGGCGCCCAUCACCCCCCUGCGGCAGGGCCCCUCCGUCAUCAGCUCUUCCACUUUACACAGCGUGGGGCCCAUCCGCAGGAGGAACUCGGAGAAGUUCUGCACCCCAAUCUCUUCAGAGCUUGCACAGAAUCACGAGUUUUACAAAAACGCCGACGUCCGGCCGCCCUUCACGUACGCCUCGCUCAUCCGGCAGGCCAUCCUGGAGACCCCCGACAGGCAGCUAACGUUGAAUGAAAUCUAUAACUGGUUCACACGGAUGUUCGCCUACUUCCGGAGGAACACGGCCACCUGGAAGAACGCCGUGCGCCACAACCUGAGCCUGCACAAGUGCUUCGUGCGCGUGGAGAACGUCAAGGGCGCCGUGUGGACCGUGGACGAGCACGAGUACCAAAAGAGAAGGCCACCAAAGAUGACAGGGAGUCCCACCUUAGUCAAAAAUAUGAUUUCAGGACUCGGUUAUGGAGCACUUAAUGCAAGUUACCAGGCUGCGCUGGCAGAGAGCAGCUUCCCCCUGCUCAACAGCCCCACCAUGAUCAACACCAGCUCGGCCAGCGCCAUGCUGCACGUGGGCCACGACGACGUCAGCAGCACCGUGGAGCAGGUCAACAGCAACGGCAGCAACAGCCCCCGGCUGUCCCCGCAGCAGUACAGCCACCCCGUGCACGUGAAGGAGGAGCCAGCUGAGGCAGAGGAGGACAGCAGACCCGUGUCACUGAUGGCCACCACCAACCAGAAUGUGACGAUCCCCGACGACAGGGACCUGGAGGAGGAGCUGCCGGUGGAGGACUUGUCCUAAGGACUCCUUCCUCCUCCCCCACCCAGGGGCAAACCCUUCCCACCCUCUCGGACGGAGACCAAGCCACGCUCCCACCUCCCCAAGGUGACCUUGGCGUUCUCCUGGUUCUUUCAAGGCACUUCCACAAAGCAAAAGGUUUUCCUUGGGACGAUGACAAUGACAAUGACACCAACCUGUUGCUGCUGGCGUGUCCCUCACGCUGCCACUGCCCGGGGACGGACUGGCCCCGCCACCACAGCAGAAGCAAAACCCCCAGAGCUGGACUUGUCCUGCCUCCCUCCCUUGGUUAGUGACUGGUGGACGAGGAUGGUAGGUUGGUUAUUCCUGUCCAAAACGGUCCCUCCUUCCUUCCUGCAGGGAAGGCACCUCUGUCCCCUGUCCCCCCGCCGUGCCCGAGCCCCAGGGAGCGAUGGCAGGACCCCGCUGUCACCUCUGUCACCUCCCUGGGGUUUUGCACUACGGAGGGAUCGUGGAGCCUGCCCACGUGCUGCCUCCACCCAGCUUUGGGGCAAGAAACAGCAGAAACGGGGCUGAGUGCUCUGCAGGACGUGGGGUUUGGCACGGAGCUGGGAUGGACGCGGUGGUGGCACGGUGUCCCCUUGUCACCUCUGCCUGGCAAGCAGAGCGGCCUCCAGGCUUGCCCACCCUCCCUGAGCCCCAGCUGAUGGGGGGCUGCUGGCCCCAGCAGUGCUGACCCCCCCAGCAGUGCUGGCAGCAAGGUCACAGCUCCCUCCUUCCUGCUGGACAUGGGUCACAGCGGUGUCACCUCCCAGCCAGCGGGGAUGGCCCCUGCUCCCAUUUCACUUCAGGGAAAGGCUCCCUGUGCCUCCCAUCCCACCCCCAAAGCUGGGCCAGGGGCUUGGUGGAGCAAAGGGGCAACAUCCCCACAGCUGAGCACCUGCAGGGGACCUGGGGGUCAUCAAAGCUGGCCCAGGAGGAUCCCUGUGGUGGCCAAAUCUGGCUGUGGCCCCCGAGCCUGCUGCUGGUGGGGGGUGGGGGGGGAGGAAAUUCUGCUUUUCAUCUUUUCUUUUCCUCAUCCUUUUGUUUGCGUCCAGAUGGGAAGAUACCAAAAGAUUUCUUAGAGACAGAAGGUCCGUAGUUCAGGUGGACAGAUGGUAUUCCUGCCAAAAAAAAAAAAAAGAAACAAAAAAGAAAAAACAAAAACCACACACAAAAAAUUUAAUAAUAACGAGAACAACACAACCAAACACCCCUCUUCUCCCUGCUCUUUCUUUCUGGGGGGGUGAUGUGGGUACCCAGUGCCAGGCUCCUCCUGGGAGGCAGUGUGACAUUCCCAGUGUCCUGUGGUGGCUUUGGGGAGCAUCACCUUCCCUAGGAGCAUCCCUUUUCCCUGGGAAUCCUCCCCUUCCCUGGCACAGCCAGGCUGGCUCUGGCUGUCCUGGCACCCAGCAGGGUCCUGAGGGAUCUCUGUGAUGGACCUGGAGCUGCUCUGGUUUUUAAGGCCAGCUCUGGGCUCUCCAAAGUGGCCCCGAGGUCUCCUCUGUCCCUCUCUGUCCCCGUUUUCCUGGGAUGUGACAUUCCCGGGGGGGGGCUGUGUCACCGUGUUGGGCUGGAAAUGCCACACCCAGAGCCGUGGGUCAGGAGAAGGUGUCCCCUGUCCCCGUGUGUCACCUCUGUGACCCCCCCGAGGGGCUCCUGGCGCUGUGGGGUCAGCCUGGACUCCCCUCAUCCUUUUCCUUGCACAGCGCAUCCUCCAUGCCCAGCUGGCUGCAGGGACUGGGGGGGUCCCUGUGCCACCCCUGUGUCCCCCUGUGCCACCCCUGUGUCCCCCUGUGUCCCGGGGCUCUCCCGUGCCCGGAUCCCGGCGUUUCCCUGCUCCCCACGACGCCCCUCUAGGUGUCACCCGCGCCCGCGGCUCGCCGUGCGAGCGCCGGGACAGCCCUUCCUUCCUUCCUUCCUUCCCGAGCAUCUCCGGAGCAUUCCCAGUGCCGGGACAGCCCUUCCUUCCUUCCUUCCUUCCUUCCCGAGCAUCUCCGGAGCAUUCCCGGCUCAUUCCCGGUGCCGGGACAGCCUUUCCUUCCUUCCUUCCCGAGCAUCUCCGGAGCAUUCCCAGUGCCGGGACAGCCUUUCCUUCCUUCUCGAGCAUUCCCGGCGCAUUCCCGGCUCAUUCCCGGUUCAUCUCCGGCGCCGGGACAGCCCUUGCUUCCUUCUCGAGCAUUCCCGGCUCAUUCUCGGAGCAUCCCCGGCUCAGUCCCGGCUCAUCCCCGGCUCAUUCCCGGCUCAUCCCCGGCUCAUUCCCGGCUCAUCUCCGGCGCCGGGACAGCCCUUCCUUCCCCGCUCAUUCCCGGCGCAUUCCCCGUGCCCGGCCCCUUCCCGGGCUCUGCCGGGCACCAGAGACCCUGCCCGGGCUGAGGGCACCAAAGAGCCCCCCUUUUGCUGUGCACAUCCCAGUCCAUCCCAGUCCAUCCCAAUCCCCUCCCUCCUGCCCAGGGAGCUGCCAGGCACCGUGGAUUUUCCCCAUCUACUUUACUUUUUCCUCUUUUUUUCUUUUUUAUUUGUUAUUUUUUUCUUUUUUUCUCUUUUUUCCUCUUUUUUAUCUUCCUUUUUCUCUUCUCCUUUUUUCUUCCUUUUUGUUUAUUCCCCUUAUUCCCCCUUUUUCCUCUUUUCCUUUUCUAUUUUUUCUUUAUUCCCCUAAUUUUCCUUUUUCCCCCUCAUCUUUCUUUAUUCCCCUUUCCCCCUCUUUCCUUUUUCCAUUUCAUUUUCUCUUUUCUCUUCUUCUUUUCUUCUUCCCCCUAUUUUUUCCCUUUUCCAUCCAUUUUUCUUUCUACUUUCCCCUCUUUCCUUUCCUUUUUCUUUUUCCCAUUUUUCUUUUUCCCCUUCCCCCCCCCCAACUUUUUUCUUCUUUUUUUCCCCCCUUUAUUCCCCCACUCUUUAAUUUAAAUCAAUUUUGGAACAAGUUUACAGCUGCCCUGGGGGGUUUUUUUAUCACCUUUUGCUGCUUUAUUCCCAGGAAGGGCAGGACCUUCCAGACUUUGGGAUGCUGGGCCACCCCUCACCCUCCACAGGGAAUCUCUCUCCCAUCCAGGCUUUUGGGAUUUUGGGAAUUUCUGUCCCUGCUCUUCAUCCCCCUCACUGAUUUUGGGGGGGUUUCAGUGGCUGCUCCCCUUUUUCCCCUUCACCUUCCUCCUCUCCCUUUUUUUUUCCCCCACCUCCUCGGGAUCUGAUUAUUUUUUUAAACUUCUCCAGAGGUACCAACACCCCCAAAAUGCAUCCCAAGGCCUGCAGAUCCCCCUGGAUUCUGCCAAAAUCCCCCAAAAUGCAUCCCAAGGCCUGCAGAUCCCCCUGGAUUCUGCCAAAAUCCCCCAAAAUGCAUCCCAAGGCCCGCAGAUCCCCCUGGAUUCUGCCAAAAUCCCCCCAAAAUCCACGGGGCUCCUUCCCCUCUGCUCUGAGAAUUCCCAACACCCCUUGGCCCCAUCCAAGAGCACUCCCUAUACAUUAUAAAAAUAAAUCUAUCCAUAUUAAAGAGGAUUAAAUCUAUCCUAUUAAAGAUUCAACCACAAUGCCCAGGUUUGGAAAAGCCCAGUGGCUCCAGGUGAUGCCUUUCCCCCCUCCCCACCCCGGGAAUUCCACGAUUCCAAAGGGAAAUUGUCCGGUUUGAUACUCAGGGGUGAAUUUAAUCCCUUCCUUCCCCCCACCCAGCCUGGCCCCCUCUGCAGGCUCCCACCUGAGCCCAGGUACUGAGUGCCCCCUCCUGCCUCGCUGCCUCCUCCCUCCCCACCCCUCUGGUUCAUUUUUUGGUUGGAAUUUUCCGGAAUUCUGCGAGUUUUACCUCAGACGCUGCCGGAGGGAGGACCCAGGACCAAACACGUGGCAGAGUUGUGUGUCUGUAUAUAUUGAGAUAUUCUGGCUGUCCCACCAACACAAAUUGUUCUUUUUUUUUAGGGAUAUUCUGUAUUUUUGUGAUUUAUUGUUUCUCUCCACCCUUGGGGCACCUCCCUGGACCUAAAGGCAUUUUUCUGGUAUCUCCCACCGAAGGAAUUACUCAUUUCCCAUGGGGUUUUUUUUUGUGUUUGUUUUUUAUUAUUUUUAUUAAUUCCUCGAUGAUUUCUUCUCCCCACGCCUGGGGAAGGGGGGAGAAGAAACCAGAACCCAGAGCUGGGAGGGAGGAGCAGCUGAACCUGCAUCAAACCAAAGGGUUUCUUUGCUUUGUUUACACCCCUGGCCAACCUCACGCCCCGCAGCAUCUCCCUGGAUCUAGGUUUUUGUCCUGGAAGCGUCGGGGAAGGUCGGGACAUCCCAGAGCCAGGGGUUGGGUGGAGGAUGGAACAGAUUGGGGACAUCCCCCUUGGGGACAUCCCCCGCCGGGAAGCGCCAACCCCAACCCUACCACCACCUUUUUUUUUUGUUUUUUUUUCCCUGUUUUCCCCCUGUUUUCUCCCCGUCCUGCACGGCGCUGGCUGGGAAGGCGAUGCUGGGGAGGUGGGGUGAGCUCCGAGGGGGCGGAGGGGAGAGGGAGGAUGUGUAAAAAGCGACCCCGAGCCUCCCUCCCUGCCCGCCCCCGGCUGCCUCCCUCCCUCGCCGUGCUGUGUAAAGGAAAUCCUGGCUGUGUAUUUGUACUCCGAGCUCCGUGUGUCUGCCUGGGCAGACGGUAAACCCUUGUACAGUAGGUCUAGCUGCAUGUAAUCUGUAUGGACAAUGGCAUUAUAAAAUGCAAUAAAAGAAAUUACCUAUCGUG